AUGAAGGGUGAGACUGAAGUUAGGGAGGCUUCGAAUAAGUGGAGUUCCUGGGAAUGGGUUCAAUAUCGUAUGACUGAACUAUACCAAGCGUGUGUGGAUGAGUUUAAACAACUUUCGAGAGUAGAGAAUGUAGCUAUUACGGAUACAGUGAUCAUAAUGCCUAAAGAAAAUGCACUCGCUACGGAUACGUUGACCCUUAAUACUUAA